GCGAAGACCCUCAUGGAGACGCAACUCCUACGAGAAGGCCUAGGGCGUACGUUAACUAUUUCCCGGCAAUCCCAUAUAGAUCCCUUUCUUCGAGCCGACUUACUUACCACCACUUUACAGUCCCACUAUUACCAUCGACACCACCGCCAUGAAUUCGAAUCCGGUCCUGCCCACUGAGGCCGAAGAAGCACCCACGGCCGAGGCCUCGAAUUCGCCCGUGUCUCCCACAUACGAUGCCCAUAGUCUAUCGUCGGCCACCGCAGACCCGAUGCCGAGUAGUUCGAUUGUUACGCCUCAGGGGACCGGGGCCGCUCCUGGACGACGGCCAGAGCUUCAUACAACCACAUCUUCCGACAACAGGGACAAUCGGCCAACUAGCCCUCACAAUGUCCUCCCUCCGGUCGCAUCGCGAGGGAACGAUCGAGGGCUUCAGCAGGGCUUUCUCUCGGUGCCUACCAACCACAGGUCAAGGCAGAACUCGGUCGAUUCCGAUGACGGCUCUCGUUCGUUUGUCUCCUCGCAGGGCGAGACAGUGGUGGGAAGUCUGUCUUUCAAGAGCUCCAAACCGUCAUCGAGCCGUGUCUCCGAGAACGAGAAAAUCAUGAACGACGAGAAUGCGCUCAAACCAGAUCAAGGGAUGGAGGAGGACUUCGCGGUGGCAAACAAUCCCUUCGCCUUCAGCCCCGGGAUGCUCAACAAGAUGCUCAACCCGAAGAGCCUCUCCGCCUUUUUUAAAUUGGGAGGCCUGGCAGGCUUGGAGAAAGGUCUUCGGACAGAUCGGAAAGCUGGCUUGAGCAUUGAUGAGACCCAUCUGGAUGGAACUGUGCCGUUCGAGGCUGCUGUAGGUCGUCCCAGCGCGAAGGUGGCGGAUGAAGGCUUCGAGCAUCCGGAUCCGACUUUGGCACCCGCCGAGCCUGCAAAACAACGCUCCCUCCCCAUCCCCCUCCCUCUCUCCCCCUCCCAUUCCCACCAACACGGCAAGGAAAACUUCUCGGACAGGAAGCGGGUAUUCAAAGACAACAGGCUUCCAGAGAAGAAGGGGAAGUCGUUCCUGCAGCUCAUGUGGAUCACGUACAACGACAAGGUUCUGAUCCUCCUCUCAAUUGCCGCAGUCGUGUCUCUCGCAGUCGGCUUCUACCAGACCUUCGGACAAUACCACGACAAGGACCACCCGGCAAUAGAGUGGAUUGAAGGAGUGGCGAUUAUUGUCGCCAUUGCCAUCGUCGUUCUCGUCGGUUCCCUCAACGAUUAUCAGAAGGAAAGACAGUUUGCCAAACUGAACCGGAAGAAGCAGGAUCGGUUGGUCAGGGCCAUCAGGUCCGGUAAGACCAUCGAACUCUCCGUCUUUGAUAUCAUGGCUGGCGACGUCUUGCACCUGGAGCCGGGAGACAUGAUUCCCGUUGACGGAGUUCUGAUCGAAGGCUUCAAUGUCAAGUGUGACGAAUCACACGCGACGGGCGAAUCCGACGUCCUUAAGAAGCGGCCGGCCGACGAGGUUUUCGCUGCAAUCGAGAACAACGAGGAUGUGAAGAAGAUGGACCCCUUCAUCCUGUCGGGCGCACGCGUCAUGGAAGGCGUGGGGACUUUUCUGGUUACGUCUACUGGCGUUUAUUCCAGCUACGGCAAGACGAUGAUGUCUCUGAACGAAGACCCCGAGAUCACCCCUCUCCAGUCCAAGCUCAACAUCAUUGCCGAGUACAUUGCCAAGCUCGGCGGAGCUGCCGGAUUGCUUCUUUUCCUGGUCCUGUUCAUCAAAUUCCUCGUCGGACUGCCCAAGAUGACGGAUCUCUCGCCGGCUGAGAAGGGCCAGCAAUUCAUCAAGAUCUUCAUCGUCGUCGUCACCAUCAUUGUGGUAGCUGUACCCGAAGGGUUGCCUCUGGCAGUCACAUUGGCCUUGGCUUUUGCUACCACGCGAAUGCUCAAGGACAACAACCUUGUCCGCCACCUCAAGGCCUGCGAGGUCAUGGGCAACGCCACUACCAUCUGCUCCGACAAGACUGGCACCCUGACUCAGAAUAAAAUGCAAGUUGUCGCGGGUACCGUAGGGUCGAGCCACCGCUUUGGGAGCACGGGUCGCGCCGGAGACCAGGACCCCGACAGCCCAUCGGAGAAGGAUGUCACGCCACAGGAACUGGUCGCGUCUCUGGGCCCGAGUGUCAAGGAGCUGCUGCUGAAGUCCAUCUCGCUCAAUUCGACUGCUUUCGAGGGUGAAUUUGAGGGUGAGAAGACCUUUAUAGGUUCAAAGACGGAGACGGCACUCCUCGUCUUUGCAAGGGACUUCCUCGCCAUGGGGCCGGUCAGCGAGGAGCGGGCCAACGCCAAAAUCCUGCACCUCAUCCCAUUUGAUUCUGGGCGCAAGUGCAUGGGCGUCGUGGUGCAGCUGGAGAACGGCAAGGCGAGGCUGUACAUCAAGGGUGCUUCUGAAAUCAUGCUGGCCAAGUGCACGCAGAUCAUUCGGGAGCCCUCUCAGGAUCUGUCUGCUUCUCCCAUAACCGACGAGAACCGCAACGCGAUCGGGCAACUAAUCGAGACCUACGCCUCCAAUUCUCUGCGAACCAUCGGAAUCAUCUAUCGCGACUUUGAUCGGUGGCCCCCGAGGGCAAGCCGCCGGGCCGAGGGCUCCGACAGGGACGAAAUUGCCUUUGAGGAUAUCUGCCGGAACAUGGUCUUCGUUGGUAUGGUGGGCAUCAAGGACCCCCUUCGUCCGGGUGUGCCCGAGGCCGUCAAGGCCUGCCAGGGAGCGGGCGUCGUCGUGCGGAUGGUCACCGGAGAUAACAAGCUUACCGCCGAGGCUAUCGCCCGCGACUGCGGCAUCCUGCAGCCCAACAGCAUCGUGAUGGAAGGUCCCGAGUUCCGCAACCUGACCCAGGCUCAACAGGAGCAGAUUAUUCCCCUGCUCCAUGUCUUGGCACGAUCCAGUCCGGAAGACAAGCGCAUCCUUGUCAGGCGUCUGAAGGAUAUGGGCGAGACGGUCGCUGUCACAGGUGACGGCACGAACGACGCGCCGGCUCUGAGGCUCGCUGACGUGGGCUUUUCCAUGGGCAUCGCGGGUACCGAGGUCGCGAAGGAAGCGUCGUCCAUCAUUCUCAUGGACGACAACUUCAACUCGAUUGUCAAGGCGCUGAGGUGGGGCCGUGCCGUCAAUGAUGCCGUCAAGCGCUUCCUGCAGUUCCAGCUCACGGUCAACGUUACUGCUGUUGUCCUGACCUUUGUGUCUGCCGUCUCCAACGAUACCGAGUCGUCCGUCUUGACCGCCGUCCAGCUGCUGUGGGUCAAUCUCAUCAUGGAUACCCUUGCUGCCCUAGCUCUUGCCACGGAUCCACCACAGGACAGCGUUCUCGAGCGCAAGCCCGAGCGCAAGGGCUCGUCCAUCAUCUCAACCACCAUGUGGAAGAUGAUCAUUGGCCAGGCCAUCUACCAGCUGCUCAUCACCUUCCUGAUAUACUUUGGCUCGCCCUCCAUCCUGCCUGCGUAUGAUCCCGUAGUCGAGCGCUCUGAGAUCCAGACGCUGGUCUUCAACACGUUCGUGUGGAUGCAGAUCUUCAACCAGUGGAACUGUUUUGCUAACAGUACUCGCAGUAACCGGCGAUUGGACAACCACUUCAACAUCUUCGAAGGCCUGACCAAGAAUUGGCUGUUCAUCGGGAUCAGCGUCCUCAUGUGCGGCGGUCAGGUCCUGAUCAUCAUGGUCGGUGGCCUGGCGUUCAACAUCUCGCCGCUCGGGCAGACGCCGGCAAUGUGGGGCUACGCCAUCGUCCUCGGCUUCAUCUCUAUUCCUGUGGGAGUCAUCAUCCGCCUUAUUCCGGAUCGCCUGAUCGAAAAGUUGGUCCCGGAUUAUCUCAAGCGGAGAGCACACGUCAAGGUUCCCGGUCUUACCGUAUCGGACGACCAGGAGCGUUUCGACCACUAUCUCAACCCGCUCGUCGACGUCCGAGACGAAUUGGCGUUCCUCAAGCGCGUCAAGGGCGGCCGAGUAAACAACCUCAAGUUCGCCAUGAAGAACCCCCGCGAGUUUCUGCCGAGAUACAAGAGCCCCUCCCAUAGCAGGGAGCAUUCGCGCUCCAACUCCAUCAGCAAUCGGCUGCCGCAGACGCCGACCCGCGGCGACAGCUUUGGUAGCCACUCGAACGUAGCAACGCCGGAUUCGCGGAGGCGGAGCAAGAGCGUUCGAUCCCGAUCCAACAGUGCCCUGGGCGCUGCGACCGUCAUGACAGGCAUCGUCGCGGGAAGUAUUGCGGCGGCUUGGUCGCCCAUCGACCGCCGCGGAGAUCCGGACUUUGGCCAGUUGCUGAAGCCAAUCCCGGGCGGCCAGGAAGCCCAGCCGGAGUCAGGUGCAUCACAAUCGUCGCAGCAGGAGCCAACAGUGCUGGGCGAUGAAGGUCUCACGGACGAACCCCAGGAGGUGCCAGAGGGGUUUUCGUCGGGCGCCAACGCUCAGUACGUACCCGUAUUGAGCAUCCCGAAGCCUCCGGCAGAGAAGAAGACAGAUUCUUAGAAGGAGAUCGGCUCUCUGCCCAAGGGAGAUCACGAUGAUGCGUGGGGCCCGACAGCCACCACUCUCAACAUCCUCAAUGA